AUCGCAAAAAACCGCAUGCAAUUCAGAUUUUAGAGGCACUUCAGAGGCAUCUCUUUAUAUUUCUGUUUGUGAGAAUUCGUUUCUGUGACUAAUUGUGCUUCCCCAGGCAAUGCUGAUGUCCGUUUGAUUGGGUGAUGUCUGCGUCUGUUGGGUUGAUUUGUUAGUGUUGUGAGUGAAUGUAUGCGAGGUCAGUAUGUGGUGGUUUCAGCGGGGGCUCUGCGCUCUCCCGGUGGCUCUGAUCAUCUGGUCAUCCGCUACCUUCCUCAUCUCUUAUGCCACAGCGGUCGUGCUGGGCCAUGCAGACCUGCUCGUUCCGUACAUAAGUGACACGGGCACUGAGGUUCCCGAACGCUGUGUGUUUGGCUUCAUGCUGUCAAUCUCAGCUUUCUUAGGGUUGGGAAACAUGUACGUUCGAUAUAAGCAGGUUCAGGCUCUGACAUCGGCCUCCGAGUCGGGCUUACAGCUGCUGAACUACACGGGCCUGCUGAUGGGAAUCGCCAGCGCUGUCGGGAUGUGUGUUGUGGCCAACUUUCAGAAAACAGAUAUGACAUCUAUCCACCUUUUGGGAGCAGGCCUGACCUUUGGUCCUGGGACGCUGUAUAUCCUGGUCCAGACGGGCAUGUCGUACCGCAUGCAGCCGCGCUUCCACGGCAGGGAUAUUCUGUGUGCGCGUAUGGCUGUGGGCAUGUGGUCGCUCAUUAGCAUCAUUACACUUUUCAUAUCGUCUGUGUUAAUGUAUGACGACCUGCCUGGGGUGGAUGUAGCUGAUAAGUUGCACUGGCAGCCCGGAGAGAGAGGUUUUUUAGCACACGAGGUCAGUGCUGCAGCUGAGUGGUCUCUGGCGUUCUCCUUCAUCUGCUUCUUCUUCACAUACAUACGUGAUUUCCAGAAAAUCGCUCUGUGGGUUCAGCCGGUUCUUCAGAGUAACCAUCUCUACGACUAUCCUCACUAUGAAGAGAGAGAGCACAUGCAGCAAGGAGAGCGCUCGCCUCUGCUGGCUGGUGCCAUGUGAGAGACACUGUCACCUUGUGUCUGACAUCGAGCACUGCAGUCGCAUUCAAACUUGAGUGUUCCUGGAG